UAUAUUAGAACCAUUUCUACAGAGUAUUUUAUGGUCUAUACUUGCCGGUGCAUUUUUAUUUCCAUUUAAAUAUCGUUUUACUUCAAUAGCACGAUAUCAUUUACGUCAAUUUGAUAUGAAUUCAUAUUUUUUAUUUUAUGGUUUAAUUAUUAUUUUACCAAUACAAAUAUUUGACAAAACUAUUGAAUCUAUCUGUUCUUUAUGUAUUCGAAAAUGGAAACAAUUAAUAUUAAUUAUUAUAUUUUUACCUUCUAUUGAAUUUCUUCAAUCAGGUGUUAUUUAUCAUUGUAUAACAACAAUAGGAUAUGAUUAUUUUAUUAUAUUCGAAAGAUAUAUUCAUAUUUUUAAUUCACUAUGGAUAAAAUCAUUUGUUAUAAUUUAUAUAUUUGCUGUUUUAAUUUUUUAUAAUAGUUCAUCACUAAUAAAAUAUAUUCUCAAUAUAUUUUCCAUACCUAUUUGGUUUAUUUUAUUUAUCUAUCUUUCACAAUAUCUUCCAGUUAAUUAUCGAUUGAUAGUUCUGACACUUGCAGUAAUUCUGAUAGGAAUUGGUUUUGUUAUUGAACAAAAUUUUAUUGAAUCUCAAAGUUCAAAAGUCGAUCAAUAUCGAAAAUCAAUAUUCAGUAAUUUAAUCAAUGUAUUUCGACGUAUUCGAAUUUAUUUUCAUAUUAAAUCUUCAUCAUCUUCAUCAACAUUCUACUUUACAUUUAUACUUUGGACUUUAGUAGCUAUUAAAGUUUAUCAAUUCUAUCAGUAUCUUAUACCAAUUUCAAUUUUUAUAAUUAUUUAUAAAUUUAUUAAAUAUAUUCUACUCUAUACAUAUUCUUAUUUAAGUCGACAAAAAUGUAUAGAAUAUAUUAUUCAUUUUUGGAAAAUUAGACGUGAUGUUUUAACACCACCAUUAUUACGAAGUCUUAUUCGACUUCUUAUAAAAGGUGAUAAAAAAAUCAAUCAUGUUUUACAAGAAUCAAUUGAUUAUCUUGUUAGUGCAAUCAUAAUUGGUAUAUUAUUUGUUAUUAUUCUUUUUGGUAGUAUAAUACUUGUUAUGCAGAUUCAUGAUGAAAGUAUACAUAUGAUUAAAUUAACAAGUAAUCUUGUUAAUGAAACAAUUGUGCUACAAUAUAUGUUACCUGAUAAAGAACAUAUGAGUCAUUUAAUAGAUAAAACUCUUAAUAAAUUGUAUGUUUUUGGAAGAAAUUGGAUUACUAUACAGAUUGCAAAAGUUCAACCACCUCGUGUUGAAAUAAAAUGUUGUCUUCCAUUAAGUGUUAUUACAAAUGAAUCAAUCUAUAUAAAUGUAUUAAAUCAAAAUAGUUUAUCAAAUAAACAACUUGAAGAACAAAUAUUACAAUUAUGGGAUUAUCUUUAUACAUAUAUAACAAAUACAUCAAUAUUAUUUAUUAGAUAUAAAAAUUCUAAUAAAAUAUUAUAUUCAUCAUCAAAUCAAAAUUUUCAUUUAUUAAAUUUUUUAAUAUAUAUACAAAAAAAUUUUAAUUUACAUAUCAAUGAUUUUUAUCAUUUAAUAUUUGAUAAUCUUGAUUUAUUACAUUCAAUUUGGUUAAAUAUUACAAUUAUUUUAACAUUAAUUUCAACAAUUAUUUCAUUAUUAUUUACGAGUAGUUUUGUUUUAUUAAAUUUUUUUAUUUCAUUUAUUGUUUUUAUUACUUUAUUAUUCUAUCUUCUAUCAUAUUCAGAUCAACUUGUAUAUCAACCAACAAUAUGGCUUAAUAAUAUAUUAUCAAUAGGUAAUUCAAGUUUAGGUAAAACAAUUAAUGAUGUUAUUACAAGUGUAUUUAUUGCUUCAUUAAAAAUUGCAACUUUUUAUGGACUUUAUACAUAUGUAUUACAUACUUUACUUGGUUCAAAUUUUGUUUUUUUACCUACUGUUAUUGCAUCAAUAUGUGCUGUUACUUUACAAUCAUAUUGGGCAGCAUUACCUGGUUGUUUUGAUUUAUGGUUUGUACAACAACGUCCAUUAAGUGCAUUUAUAUUAUUAUUUGCACAAAUUGUACCCAUUUAUAUUGUUGAUACAGCUAUUUAUAGUGAAGUUAAAGGUGGAGGACAUCAGGUAAAAUUAUUUU